UUGGCUCCUCUAAGCAUGGCGGGACACCCAACCCACCCUCCUUCCCAGGAGCUCACGAUUUCGAGCUUCUUGGUGCGCUCCGCGAUUGUGUCCCGUUACGCUUCCACCCGGGUGUGGACGUACAUGAGCAACCCGCACCCCGAGUCCAAGGAAGCCGUCUUUGAUCUGGACCUGCCGGGUUCCGCCUUUAUCUCCAACUUCACCAUAACCAUGAAUGAGAAGACCUAUGUGGCCGAGGUGAAGGAGAAGCAGCAGGCAAAGAAGAUGUACAACGAAGCCCGCCAGCAGGGGAAGACGGCCGCCCACAUCGGCACCAAGGACCGGGAAACGGAGAAAUUCAGGGUGUUCACCAACGUGGAGGCAGGAGGCAAGGCUGCCUUUGAGCUCACUUACGAGGAACUGCUGCAGCGUCACCUGGGCAGGUACCAGCACACCAUCAGCAUCCGGCCCCAGCAGGUGGUCAGGAACCUCAGCGUGGAAGUGAGCAUCUCCGAGCGCACCGGCAUCGACUACGUGCACGUUUUGCCACUCCGCACCAGCCGGCUGCUGACCAACACCCUCCGAGGGGACUCUGAGGCGCCACCGUCCACCCGGGUGGAGAAAGGAACGCACUGCGCAUGGAUUGUCUUCACCCCGACCCCCCAAGAGCAGGCUGCAUACUCCAGCGCAGGAAUUACGGCUGAUUUUGUGGUUCAGUAUGAUGUGGCCAUGCCAGAUGUCGCAGGCGAUGUUCAGAUCUACAGCGGCUACUUCGUACACUACUUUGCCCCCAGGGGUUUGCCCCCGGUUCAGAAGGACGUGGUGUUUGUGAUCGAUGUCAGCGGCUCCAUGUACGGCACGAAAAUGAAACAGACCAAGAAGGCCAUGCAAGUCAUACUGGGCGACCUCCACCAAGAGGACUUCUUCAACAUCAUCACUUUCUCCGACACAGUGAACGUCUGGAAGCCCGGCCAGUCCCUCCAAGCGACCCCGCAGAACAUCCGGAAGGCCAAGGACUACAUCGGCAAGAUGGAAGCCGACGGGUGGACGGAUAUCAACGCGGCUUUGCUCGCAGCGGCCUCCGUCUUCAACCAGAGCUCCCCCACGGCAGGGAAGGCGACUAGAGAACCGAGAAUCCCACUGAUCAUCUUCCUGACAGACGGCGAACCCACCUCGGGGGUGACGGCUGGCAGCCGCAUCCUCGCCAACGCCCAGCGGGCUCUGCGGGGCGCCAUCUCUCUCUUCGGCCUGGCCUUUGGCGACGACGCGGACUACGGGCUACUGAGGCGCCUGUCGCUGGAGAACCGAGGCGUGGCCCGGCGUAUCUACGAGGACGCCGACGCCACCCUCCAGCUCAAGGGUUUCUACGACGAGAUCGCCAGCCCUCUGCUGUACGAUGUGGAGCUGUCCUACCUGGACGGGGUCGCCCAAGAUCUCACCAGGAACCUGUUCCCCAAUUAUUUCCAGGGCUCGGAGCUGGUGGUGGCCGGGCGGAUGAAGUCAGGGGCGUCGGAGCUGCGGGUACGCACGACGGGGCACGGCCAGGAGGGCCUGCUGAGCUUGGAGAACGACAUCUCCGCCAACGCCACGGAAGCCGCUCCCUUCGGCUGUCUUGGCGACGCCGGCCAGAUCGGCCGGUUUGUGCAGAGGCUCUGGGCCUACUUUACCAUCCAGGACCUUCUCCAGGCCCGGUUCCGAGCCAACGACACGGCGGCCCGGCACCUGCUGACCGAAAAGGCCACCAACCUGUCCCUCAAGUACAACUUUGUCACGCCCGUCACCUCCCUGAUCGUGGUGCGGCCGGAAGAGGAGAGAGAGAAGGGGCCGCCGGCCAAAGCGACCGCCCCUCCCGGGGCGACCAGAGCGCUUAAAGCCACGCAAGCGUCGGGGACCUCUGCGUCACCGUGGCCCUCCAAAGUGGCUAAAACCGCUCCCGGACUUGGUGCGACCCAUGCCCCUGCGGUCCCGAAAGCGCACAAGGGCACAGCAGGCCCUGGGCCCGUGCCCACUGCCCCGGUGCCAGUCGCAGCAACCGGAAUCCCCAAAGCCGUCAGGCCCACGUCUCUACUGGCGACUGCCACGACCGUCGUCAUCAGCCAUGCUUCUCCGCUACCUACUGCGAGCCACCCCAAAGCAGUUAAAGUCCCCCCAGGUCCAGCAGUUGCUGCUACGUCUCUGGCUCCUGUGGUCCUCCACGGCUCCACCAAGCCACCUCGAGCCACAACCUCCACCAGGGCUACCAGAACGCCCACCAAAACCCCCAAACCCAGUCCCACCAGAGCUGGGAGGCUCAGGAUGACCGGUCAACCUCACUCGGCUCAGGAGACCAGAGGAACAGCCAUUACCAAAGUCCUGGGAGGGGUCGCCGGCACGGUCCUCGGCGUGCCCGCUACCACGUACCCGCUCGGCACCGCAAAAGUCCUUGGGAAUGACUCCGGCAGCGUGGGGCAGCAUGAGGCCUCCCCGCAGCCAGCUGCUGACCGCCAGCCUCACCCACACCGGCAGGGGGGCGGUGCCAGGACGGAGACGGGGGACAUCCCUUGGAGUAAGACGACGCCCAAGGGCCGGACAGCGGUGGAAGUGGCCACGGAGAAGCCGCCACAGAACAGCACUGGGCCUUGGGGCGCGACACCCGGAGCUACGUCUCUGCUCUCCCAGGGCAGGGAAUUAACCAGCAGGACUCCUAGCACCACCCCUGCCUCAAACAUCAGCCUUUUCCUCAUACCUGGAGAGUCUGAGUUGCUCUCGACCGUAGACCUGGGCGGGGAAUACGUGGAGUCCCUGAACCCACCUGCGGUGUAUAGUUUUGUGAAGGCCAAGCAACAGUCAGGUAGCAUGGAUUAUGAAGACUAUUCAGAUUUAUUAGAAGAACGGGAGAGUGAUUCAGGCCAACUGAUUGGUGCCUCUAAAGGUGGCUUCUUCACCUUCUCCUCUUGGGUGGACGGAGACCCUCACUUUGUGGUGCGGUUACCGCAUUCGCUAGGGAACUUGUGCUUUACCCUGGAUGGAGGCCCAGGAGAUAUCCUGAACUUGGUGAGCGACCCUCAGACAGGACUGGAGGUCAACGGCCAUUUAAUGGGUGCCCCAUUCAGGCCAGGCCAUGAGGACCGUCCCCGCACGUACCUCGAUGUCAUUAGCGUGGUGGUAGACCACCCCCGGGCGACCUACGUGGUCAACGUGACACGGGACGGCGUGACGCUGCGCGGGGAAGAUACGCUGGUGUUUCCAUUUGCCCGGAGGGCUGCCGUCCAGAGGGCCCAGCUGGCGAUCUCCGUGUGGCCUGAGGCCAAAGUCUCCAUCUGGAUCGGACAUGGGGUGGAAUUCCUCGUGCUGCUCCAUCGCUACAGCCACCCCACCCCCCUGCAGCUGGACCACCUGGGCUUCUACGUGGUGAACGGCGCGGGGCUGUCGUCUUCGGCACGUGGUCUGUUAGGCCAGUUCCAGAACAGCAACUUCCGGCUUUCCCAGAGCCCUGCUCAGGGGGCACCAGAGGCCUGGCUGUGGAGGGGCACUCGCAAGGUGCCGGUUGCGGAAGUCAGCAAGGUGCUAAAGGAUUCCUCCCAGAGAGCGCAUGAGGCCCCUUGCUGGCUGGUGAAGCGCAAGGAUGUGGAGGGUCUGUUGGGGAGCCCGUACAGCUCCUACCUGGCCUCCCACCUGCGGGAAAUGUGA